GAACCCAAUAAUUCCAAGCGCUCUGGUACAGCCAGUCGUAUACGGGCCUGAUAAAUGUGUACAUAAACAGCCUUUGCCUUCACCCCCUGGAGUGGGUUCAUUUGCAUUCGUUCAGUUGCAUUAUGGUUAAAUUCAAUCAGCCUGGUAAUACGACAUACCGUUUGAUAGUGUUAAAACACACGGUUCUAUCUCUAUAACCCAUUUUACGGUGGCAAUGAUUUAGCGAAAACGGUUCCUUAUCUUCUAACAUGUGGGAUGCCAAAAAAGGCUUGGGGGUUCCUCACCUUCAGUGCGUUUUGGAAAUCCACUGACGACAAAGAUCACGGUAUAGUCGGUGUCUUUUUCACGAGAAGGAUCCAGUGAACAAAAUCCACAGCAAUUUUUCAUCCAAAUAAACGUGCAGAGGACUUGUUCAGUGAAGGACUUGAUUCAAAUUUAUAUAGGUGAGCAUCUAAAUACAUUCUCACAAUAUAUGUAUUAUUAUAUGGGCGGCAUAAUUCCCAGGUAGAACAGUGCCUUUGUUCCCUUGACCAAGGUACUUAACCUGCUUUUGGAAACCUGGCUAGACAUAGCUUAGGAAAAAAACAAUGCAGAAUUCAAAUUUUUGGUGGUAUUCAAUUUUGAACCAGGAUUUGCCCAAUGGUGUGGCUGUGGCUUCAUUGUAUUUUUAAACCCACCAGGCAUUUGUAUCCAUUCCACAACAAAAUAAAAUAAAAAAAUCAUCUUUUAGGUGAGAAAAAACUUCCACUUCCACUGGUGAGCGUCUAUAACUUUCUCUCAGAUGUAUUGUUUAUUUACAGCUAUUCUGUCUCUUUGAAAACAAACUCCCAAGGGUUACAUUUCAGCAGAGCCAGGAUUAUGCCUGUAGUCUAAAGGGCUCAAGUAGUAGCCAUUUUAUUGUGGACAUGUCAUUUUCAGACGUGAUAAAAAAGGUGUGAUGCAGGAGACGUUAUACUGCUCUGUAUUCUCGCUUGUAUCUCAUUUCCUGUCUCUAACUGCACGCUCAUCUUGUGGGUAGAUCAUGGUCUUCAUUACUUUCUCCUCUCAUUGUGUAGUCACAUUGCUGUAGGCUACGAUCAUAACCAUAAUAUAAUAAAUAAUUGAAAACAAGCAAACAAAUAAAUGCAUAAAUAAAUAUACUAAUUCCAGAAAGGUAUACACUAUACAUGAGUGAAUGUGCAGGUUUGUGUCUGUGAGUACUUUUGAAGUGUUUGUUUCUUUACGUGGUUCAUGAGAAGUAGCUUUAACCACACCAGUGUCUGACCACAGCUGUAUUACAAGAAUGAGACGCAUCCACCAACAAAACCAGCCAGCGCUGCAGGGCUGUACCUCUUUGAGAAAGAGCAGGGGAGAGAAAGCUCAACAUGUAUGAGUUUGCCACAAGAACAGUCAGACUAGUUGUCCUGAUAUACUUUGUACAAGAGGCUGGCAAGUAUAUUUAUUAUUCAUGUGCAUCCAAUUAUAUACUGCUUUCUUCAUAAAGACCAUUUAUAAAAGAAAUGGGGUAUUGACCCAAACAGAAUGUUUUAGCUUAUUAAUUGUACAUUGUGCUUACAUAUAGAACACAACAAACUCAGUAUCCGCUGUAUCUUCAUGUCCCUCAAAUAUGAGCAAGUUUUCUUUCUUUUAUUAAAAUAAAACAUGCCAUUUUAAUUUGAAACUAACUACACUGCUCUAACACAAAUUCAUUUUCAAGCAAAUUUUGUGAAAUUGCCAAUCAAUAAGUAAACAUUGGCUGUUUGUGAACAUUUUUGCCUGCUGUUAGUUAAUGUUGAAUGCAUGUUUUAGGAAGCCAUUUCACAUCCUUUGUUUUCACUGGGAUAAUAUUUCUUCUCUAGAGACCAGAGCUCGGAUUGUCCUGACUGCUGAUCCGCAGAGGUCAAAUGUGUGGUCAGGGGAGACUGUGCGUCUUACCUGUAAGGUUGAGGAUUCAGAUCCAUUCAUCCGAUGGGAAUAUACCUGGAAGAAGCUAAGAGAAGCUAAAGAGACCACAUUCAACUCCUAUACUGGAGAAGGAUUCUCUACUUACACCCUGAGUCGUGUGAUUGAGUCUGACAGUGCUCAAUAUAGGUGUGAAGCAAAGACUGAAAAUCACGAGAUAAUCAGCUCUCCACAUACUCUGACAGUGACAUCUCCACCGCCUGCUGUGCUAACCCUGAACCCUGCAUGGAGGAAGUUCUACCCCACUGAGAAAGUGACUCUCAAAUGUGAGAUUCAGCCCCGUCAGACUGAGUGGAGUUAUCUGUGGUACAGAGAUGGAGCCUAUAUGAAGAGUGGGCUCUCCAGAGAAGAUGAGUUAACAAUCCCAGCUCUAGAUCAGUCACACAGAGGAAGAUACUCCUGCAGAGGAGGUUUACCAGGAAGAGAUGUUUACACUGAAAUGAGCAAAGAUGUGACUCUGACCGUAGAUGCUCUCCCACCCGUGGUUCUGACUCUACAGACUGGAUGGACAAACAUUUUUAACACAGAGAGAGCGGCUCUGCACUGUGACAUUCAGGACCGCUCUCCUGUGUGGAUGCAUAAAUGGUACAGAGAUGGGCAAGAACUUCCUGUGAGCACAGCUGAGGACACCUAUGAGAUCCUGUCUGCUGCUCAGUCAGAUGCAGGAACAUACACAUGUAAAGGACAGCAUAAGGAAAGAGUACUGUACACUGGCAUCAGCAGUACAGUUGCACUCAAAGUUUCUGGGGAGGCCCCCAAACCCCUGCUGACUCUGGAGCCCCCCAGUGGAGAGAUCUUCACAAGAGAUACAGUGACCCUGAGCUGUAAGGCUGGCACUGAUCCUGCUGGCUGGGAGUAUCUCUGGUUCAAAAAAACACGGGGAGCAGCACUGACCAGCACUGACUCCAGCAGCACUGACGGGUCCAGUUACACCAUCCACUCUGCUGCA